AAACAAACACGUGAGUAAAAGAGAGACAACUGAGAUACUGAAGAAGAGUCCAAUUCCACUAUAAACUCGCUGUCAAAAGACGAAUAUUACCAAGUUACAUAUCGAAUAGGACAAUAUAACGGAGGAAAGAUGGAUCAAAUCGAGCUAUCAGUGCAGUAUGAUAAUGGAUACGAGCAGGACGAGUAUAUGCUGCCGGAGGAGGAAUGGGACCGGGAUUUACUGCUGGAUCCAGCAUGGGAAAAACAGCAACGGAAGACCUUCACAGCCUGGUGUAACUCUCACCUGAGGAAGGCUGGCACACAGAUUGAGAACAUAGAAGAAGACUUCAGGAAUGGCCUCAAACUAAUGCUACUGCUUGAAGUUAUCUCAGGUGAGAGGUUACCCAAGCCUGACAGAGGAAAGAUGCGUUUUCACAAGAUAGCCAAUGUGAACAAAGCCCUUGAUUUCAUCACCAGUAAAGGAGUAAAACUGGUCUCUAUCGGCGCUGAAGAAAUUGUGGAUGGUAAUGUGAAAAUGACUCUUGGAAUGAUUUGGACUAUCAUCCUUCGCUUCGCCAUCCAGGAUAUCUCUGUGGAAGAAACUUCCGCAAAAGAAGGACUUCUACUAUGGUGUCAGAGGAAAACCGCUCCCUAUAGGAAUGUUAAUGUUCAAAACUUUCAUGUCAGCUGGAAGGAUGGAUUGGCGCUGUGCGCUCUCAUCCACAGGCACAGGCCUGACCUUAUUGACUACGCCAAGCUCAACAAGGAUGAUGCUUUGGGUAAUCUGAAUCUGGCAUUUGACAUUGCUGAAAAACAUCUGGACAUCCCCAAAAUGUUGGACGCAGAGGACAUUUUGAACACCCCUAAGCCAGAUGAAAGAGCUAUUAUGACAUAUGUGUCCUGCUUCUACCAUGCGUUUGCUGGAGCUGAACAGGCUGAAACUGCUGCUAACAGGAUCUGUAAGGUGCUGGGAGUAAAUCAGGAAAAUGAGAAGUUGAUGGAAGAAUAUGAAAGACUUGCUAGUGAGCUGUUGGAGUGGAUCAGACGUACCAUUCCCUGGCUGGAGAACCGUGUGGCGGAGAAAACCAUGGUGGAGAUGCAGCGGAAACUGGAGGAUUUCAGAGAUUACCGCAGGAUGCACAAACCAUUCAAAGUGCAGGAAAAGUGUCAACUGGAGAUCAGCUUCAACACCCUUCAGACAAAACUCCGCAUCAGCAACCGGCCUGCCUUCAUGCCCUCUGAGGGCAAGAUGGUGUCGGACAUAGCGAGUGCGUGGCAGGGGCUGGAACAGGCUGAGAAAGGCUAUGAAGAAUGGUUGUUGACUGAAAUCCGGAGACUGGAAAGAUUGGACCAUCUGGCAGAGAAAUUCAGACAGAAAGCUACCAACCAUGAGAGCUGGGCUGCAGGUAAGGAGGAGAUGUUGACACGAAAGGAUUAUGAGUCCGCAUCACUAAUGGAAGUUCGAGCUUUGCUGCGGAAACACGAGGCAUUUGAGAGUGACCUUUCCACCCAUCAGGACAGAGUCGAGCAAAUCGCUGCUAUUGCUCAGGAGCUCAAUGAGCUGGAUUAUCAUGAUGUGGCAUCAGUGAAUCAAAGGUGUCAAAGUAUCUGUGAUCUCUGGGACCAACUGGGCACACUCACCCAGAAACGCAGAGAGGCAUUGGAGAGGACAGAGAAGCUUCUGGAGACAGUGGAGCAGUUGUUUCUGGAAUAUGCAAAGAGAUCUGCACCCUUCAAUAACUGGAUGGAGGGAGCCAUGGAAGACCUGCAGGACAUGUUUAUGGUGCACACCAUUGAGGAGGUCCAGAGUUUGUUAGCCGGUCAUGAGCAGUUUAAAGCCACCCUUCCUGAGGCAGAUGCAGAGAGGCAGGCCAUACUCGGCAUUCAGCAGGAAGUUCUGAAGAUCUCCCAAAGUUACGGUAUCCGUGCAGAUCUCACCAACCCCUACAGCACCAUAACUACUGAAGAGAUCGCCACCAAGUGGGACAAGGUGAAGAAGUUGGUUCCGCAGCGUGACAGUGCACUACAGGAAGAGUUAGCCCGACAGCAUGCUAAUGAGAGGCUCAGACGCCAGUUUGCAGCCCAGGCCAACCUCAUCGGACCCUGGAUACAGACCAGAAUGGAGGAGAUUGGUCAUUGUUCUGUGGAGAUGGGUGGGACUCUGGAGGAUCAAAUGACCAAGCUGAAGCAGUAUGAGCAUGUGAUUGUGAGCUACAAACCCAACAUUGACAGACUGGAGGGAGAUCACCAACUCAUCCAGGAGUCACUUAUCUUUGACAACAAACACACCAGUUACACCAUGGAGCAUAUUCGUGUUGGAUGGGAGCUCCUCUUGACUACUAUUGCUCGCACUAUUAAUGAAAUUGAGACUCAGAUUCUGACACGCGAUGCAAAGGGCAUCAGCCAGGAACAGAUGAACGAAUUCCGCUCCUCCUUCAACUACUUUGAUCGGGAAGAGAAGGGUAAACUCAGGCCUGAUGAGUUUAAAGCAUGUCUAAUCAGCCUUGGUCAUGUGGGAAAUGACAAACAGAAGAAGAAUGGUGUGAUGGAUUCUGAUGACUUUAGGGCCUGUCUGAUCUCAAUGGGCUAUGAUCUGGGUGAAGUGGAGUUUGCUCGGAUCAUGAUGCUUGUUGAUCCCAACACAACAGGUGUUGUGUCGUUCCAGUCCUUCAUUGACUUUAUGACUAGAGAGACAGCGGACACAGAUACAGCUGAACAGGUCAUCGCCUCCUUUAGGAUUCUCGCUACAGACAAGCCGUAUAUUCUGGCAGAUGAGCUGAGGCGAGAGCUUCCACCAGACCAGGCAGAGUAUUGUAUUAGCAGGAUGCCCCCAUACACCGGUCCCCGGGCCCUGAGCGGAGCCCUGGACUACACCGCCUUCUCCACUGCCCUCUACGGAGAGAGUGACCUUUAACCUCAACACCUGAGCUUGACCUUUGACCUUGAAAAUCCCACCUCACUUGUUACCCCAGUAAAUUUACCGAGCGGAUCCAAUGCACCAAAGAAAUUAAAACAUGCAUGAAAGUUACAUGAAAUAAACUUUCAUUUUCAGAUUCA